GCAGCGUAGUUUAAAAUCUAGGUCGGGAUGCUAGUCUUCAACGUUUAAGUUUUUGUCUUCAAAAUGGAGGAGACAAACAAUGACCAGUCGUAUGAUUCAGAUGAAUCAGACGAUUACAAUUACAUCGAGCCCGAAUAUGAUGCGGAAAGUGAAAAGUUUUGUCCUGACAGACUUCAUCCUGAAUCGUUUCUGUACAAAGCGCUUGAAAGGAAUGAAGUUGAGAUUUUCCUAAACAGCACAGUUGAUACGCUGUGUAACCUAAUCAAUGUACCACCAGCUAUAGCUCGUUUGUUGUUACAUAAUAACAAGUGGGAUGUAGAGGGAAUCAAGAAAAAAUUUUUGGCCCAUCCUUUGGUUACGUUAAUCAGUCACAAUAUUCUCCCAGGUGUUAAUAUACAACCCAGCUGCAGUGAUAGUCAAGCAGUAAUGGCUACUAUCUAUACGAUUCAAAAUCUCAAUUUUCAAGUAGUCCCAUACACAUUUCCUCCGAAAAUCACUUCAGAUUCCUGUUGUGAAAUAUGUUAUACAGUCCCAUCGAAUGAAACUAACAGUCCGGUCAGUAUUUUCAAUGAAUCAGAUUUACAAUUGCUUCAUAAUCCAGUUUUUAAACAAGGAAGUUCAAAAAGUUGUACUUCAUCUUCCCCAAUUAGCACUAUUCAUUUUUCUUCGUCUUCUUCCUCGCCUGCUGCUGUUACUGCUACUCCUACUGUUAACAAUAGUGUGUUUGAUGUUUGGUCAGAUAAUUCUCACGAUAAAAAUUGUGAUUUCUUAACCAAUAAUAAAACAAAUGGUCUCUUUGGUCUCUCUUGUGGACACAGAUUUUGUCCCGAUUGUUGGCGUUCCUAUUUAACAAUUAAAAUAGAAGAAGGUUCAAGUGUUGAAAUCAAAUGUAUGUCAGUUGGAUGUAAUGUUUUAGUGAUAGAAGAUUUCCUCUUAACAUUGUUGAAAAAUUCACCUGUAAAAGAUAAAUAUUUGAAUCUUCUAUUUCAACGUAUGGUUGAGAGUCAUCCAUCAUUACGUUUUUGUGUUGGCCUCAACUGUCCUGUUUUCAUUUGUGCACUUGAAGAACCGAAAGCACGACGUGUUCAAUGUGAACGAUGUCAUGCUGAGUUCUGUUUUAUGUGCUCAGAAGCGUAUCAUGCUCCAACUAGUUGUGCAACUCUAAAACACUGGCUUGUUAAAUGUCGAGAUGAUUCAGGAACAGCAAAUUAUAUGACAGCUCAUACUAAGGAUUGUCCAUCAUGUCAUGUAUGUAUCGAGAAAAAUGAAGGUUGCAAUCAUAUGAAAUGCUCAAUCUGUCACUACGAAUUCUGUUGGGUGUGUUUAGGCGUUUGGAAAUCACAUGAUGCAGAAUACUAUUUUUGUAGUAAAUAUCAAGAGAAUCCAGAUGCUGCUAAAGAAUCUGUACGAACACGUGCACGUGAAUCACUUGAACGUUAUAUGUUUUAUUAUGAACGAUGGGAAAAUCAUGAACGUAGUCUACGCUUAGAACAUGAUCAACGUGCACGUAUUCAAACACGUAUUAAUGAAAAAGUUUUAAAAAAAGAAGGUACAUGGAUUGAUUGGCAAUAUUUAUUACUUGCUGCGGAUACAUUAAGAAAUUGUCGUUACACGUUGAAAUAUACUUAUCCACAUGCAUUUUAUGGUGAAAAGUUAGAACGUAAAGAAUUAUUUGAAUAUCAACAAGCUUUACUCGAAGCGGAAGUGGAAGAUUUAUCAUGGAAAAUAGAACAUGCUGAAAUAACAGAUCGUGCUGAUUUACAAAAUAAAAUGGAUAUUUGUGAAAAGCAUCGUUUAACUUUAUUACAAGAAUUUUUAACUAAUUAAUUAAUUAAUUAUAAUCAUUUUUUUUAUAAUUCUUCAUUUGUUUUAUCUAUCUAUUUAUUUACUGAUUUAUUUAUCUACUACACUUUUAAUUGUUGAUUUAGGAAGGCGUUUUGUUGACUUUUAUCAUCUCUCUCUCUUAUUUUUGUGUGUGUGUGUUUUACUGUUACUUACCUAUCUAUCUAUCUAUCUAUCUACCAACCUAUUUAGACAAGACAGUAAGUAAUACACAACAGGUAUUGUUAAUGAUUAUAUUUAUGGUUGGUUAUUUCUUUUCAUUGAAAUUACUACAAUAAUCAUCAUUCUAUUAUAUAUAUAUUUCUAAAACUUAACACUCGUUAAUUCUUUUUAUAAUGAAUGACAAUCUCUGUGUUUACUUAUUCUCUUCUCCAUUGUCAAAUGCAAAAAGUGAUUCCUAUGAACACAUGGAAUCAUGCAUGACUUUUAACUCUCUGUUUUCAUGUACUGUUUAUUAUUUUUUAUUUUUUUCUUGGCCAUUUUUGUUCAUGUCUUUAAUUCUUGUUAUGAAUUCUUUUCUCUCUCUCUCUCUCUCUGUUUUCCUUUUUUUACCAGCCUUACCAUUGACUGUUUACCAGGUUGAAAUCAGUAAUUUCGAUUAAUUAUUUCUAAGAUCUACUUGUGUUGUAAAUCCUCCCUAGUCUUUGAAUAUUCGUUUAUCAAUAUGCCUUGGUAUAAAUUUCUGAUUAAACGUUAUAGUGUUUG